UAUAACCAGCAGUACCGUUACCAACAAUAUCAAGAACUUCAUAAUCCAACUAAAAGCCAAAUGGGUAAGAAUUUUUUAAAAUUAUUUGCCGGAUUUAUAGUAGUAACUGGAUUUGCUUAUUGGCAAUGGUGGCCAAAACAUACAUUCCCAUCUCUGGUUGCUAAAAUCUUAAGGUUGGGGUUAUGGGCAGAAUCAGAUAAAGGAGAAAAUGAUUUUGAAUUGGCAUUGAAACAUUAUUUAGAAGCUUUAGAAGAAUGUAAAAAACUCGAAAUGGACGAUUUAACUGAUGAAUACACUGGAGUUCAAUUGAAAAUUGCAGAAAUGUAUGAAAGAUUGGGUAAGUUAGAUGAAGCUAAUUUCAUUUAUAAUGAAAUUUCAAUUUUAUACGUAUCAGUAUUAACUGCAUCGCCAGAAUCAAAGCAAGGAUUAAGAGUUAAAAAUUUAAAUCAUCGUUGUCAUUUGAUUCAAAAAGAUUUAAGAUUAUCAAUUAAACUAGUGGAAAAUGAACAGAAGAACCCUUCGCUUUCAAAAGCAAUUCUUCAAACCCAUUUAAUUAUUGCUCAAGAUCAAUUAGAUCGUUUGAUUGCAGUUCAAAAUAAACUAAACGAUGAUAAUUCAAACUCAAGUUUGAUCACUCCUCCAUUUAUCGAAGAGUUAUUGACGGCUCAAGAUUUAUUGCAAGCAAUUGCUGCUAGUCAAGGAGAUUUGAUUCUGGCAAUUAAUAUUAAUGGUAAAAUGUUGGAUACCAUGAAGAGUUUCAAGCAACCUCCUUUUAAAGCAAUAAGAACCUCCUGUAAUCUCGGCUCGCUACUUUAUUUAAACUCGGAAGAGUGGGAAGCUAAAGAAAUUCAGUUCCGUAAAAAAAUUAAUCUCGAAUUGGGUGAAGAUUUAAAUCAAUUAACUUAUAAAUUGAAUAAUAAUAACCUUUCCUUCACUUUCGAUGGUGAUAAAGACUCUCUCGAGAGAUUAAUGAAGUUGGUUAAAGAUAAAAACUCCUUGGCUGAAAAUUACCUCAACGCAAUCCAUGAAAGAUAUAAAUAUUUAUUACAAUCAAUCAAAUAUGUUUCCGAUAACGAAAUUCAUGAAUUAUCCACCGCAGUUGAAUUUGCAGCUCUAGCAACUUAUGGUUCCGGGGUAAUCCAUUUACAUCUAAGCGAUUAUGACUUAGCCGAAAGAUUCUUCAGAGAAGCUAGAGUAAGAGCUAGGAAUUGUAAAUACGAUGAUUUGAUGCCGGAAAUCGAAAGAGAACUAAAUAAAGUCUUUGAUGAACGUAAAAAAUUGAAAGACCCUUCGACUAAUGCCUCUCCAUCUCAAGAUAUCGAAUUAGAUAUUCAUUUA